AUGGCAGCGGCCAAAGGCAACCUGUUGGCGGCGACAGAGGGGCAGGCGGUGGAGCCGGCGGGCGGUCGAUGCGGCUGGGGGCGGGCACGUGCCGCCCCCACCCCCGCUCCACGUGUCACGCACAGCUCCCUGCAUCGCGGGGGUGGCGCGCGCUUACAGUCGCAUUCAGUUUUGCCCACUGGAGCUGCGGCACGGAAGCUGUCGAGGCGGGAACGGCACGCAGUGAACACGCAGGCAGCCAGCCGCAACGUCAGCGAGCGUGCUGGCAGCGGCAAGUGGCCGGCAGAGAGGAGAGGAGAGAAGAGGAGAGCAGAGGCGCCGUAUUUACAGAGGCAGCCGCACGCCGACACUCGCAGCCGGCUGCAAAUAGCCGGACUCGCCUCCCACCACACAGGCGGGCCGCGGUCGGUCCGCUACUCUUUAACACGUGCCCUCGCCAAAGCACGAAGCAUUAGCAGUGGCCCGGCGGCCGCCACCGGCUACGUGGAGUGGCACGCGCCCGACCGGCCGGACGCGCUUCUGCUGCCCGAGUACGACUUCGUGGUGGUGGGCGCCGGCAGCGCGGGCUCCGUCGUCGCCGCCAGGCUCUCCGAGGUCCCCGGCUGGACGGUGCUGCUGCUGGAGGCCGGCAUGGACGAGUCGGUGCUGACGGACAUCCCCGUCUUCGUGGGCUACUUCCAGCUGACCAACUACAACUGGGGCUACCGCGUCCAGCCGCAGCAGGGCGCCUGCCUCGCCAUGAGAGACCGCCGUUGCGAGUGGCCGCGCGGCAAGGCGCUGGGCGGCAGCUCCGUCAUCAACUACAUGAUCUACACCAGGGGCAACCCCAAGGACUACGACUCGUGGCGCGACAUGGGCAACCCCGGCUGGGGCUACCGCGACGUGCUGCCCUACUUCAAGAAGUCCGAGAACGCGCGCCGGCUGCGCACCAAGGACCCGGGCUUCCACGGCGAGGACGGCCCGCUGGACGUGGAGACGCCGGCGUUCCGCACGCCGCUGGUGGAGGCCUUCCUGGACGCGGCGGCCGAGGCGGGCCACCCGUCGCGCCGCGACUACAACGGCGCGCGACACGACGUCUUCGGCUACGUGCAGUCCAACACGCGGCGCGGCUCGCGCUGCUCCGCCAACAAGGCGUUCGUCCGGCCGGCGGCGCAGCGCCCCAACCUGCACGUCGCGCUGCACGCGCACGUCGCCGGCGUCGACGUGGAGGCCGGCCGCGCCGCCGCCGUGCGCUUCCUGCGCGGGGGCCGCAUGCUGCGCGUGCGCGCCAGGAAGGAGGUGGUGCUGUCGGCGGGCGCGCUCAACACGCCUCAGCUGCUGAUGCUGUCGGGUAUCGGGCCCGCGGAGCACCUGCGCUCGCUCGGCAUCCCCGUGGUGGUGGACGCGCCCGGCGUGGGCGAGAACCUGCAGGAGCACGUCACCUACCUGGGGCUCACCUUCCUCGUCAACGACAGCGUCGCCUUCGUGGAGAGCCGCCUGCAGCAGCCGGCCGUCGUGCUGCAGUACCUCUUCAACGGCACCGGCCCGCUCACCGUGCCCGGCGGCGUCGAGGCCGUGGGCUACGUCCACACGCCGCUCAACGACGACCCGUACGGCCGGCCCGACGUGGAACUGCUGUACGCCUCGGGGUCGCUCAACUCGGACGGCGGCGGCGCCCUGCGGAAGGGCUUCGGCAUCAGCGACGAGUUCUACGAGCGCAUGUACCGCUCCGUCGACAACAGGGACGCCUGGACCAUCUGGCCGCUGCUCAUGCACCCGCGCAGCCGAGGACGGGUGCGGCUGCGCACGGCGAACCCGCUGCACUGGCCGCUGUUCGAGGCGAACUUCUUCUCGGACGAGCGCGACCUGCGCGUGCUGGUGGCGGGCAUCAGGGAGGCGCUGCGCAUCGCCGGCCGGCCGCCGCUGCAGAGGUUCGCGUCGCGGCUGCACGCCACGCCCGUGCCCGGCUGCGAGCACCUCAAGGGCGCCGGCGGGGGCGAGGACCCGGACGAGUACUGGGAGUGCGCGGCGCGCCGGCUCUCGGGCACGCUGCACCACCAGUCGGGCACCUGCAAGAUGGGGCCCGCCAGCGACGCCGCCGCCGUCGUCGACGCGCGCCUGCGCGUGCGCGGCGUCGCGGCGCUGCGCGUCGCCGACGCCUCCGUCAUGCCGACGGUGCCCACGGCGCACACCAACGCGCCCACCUACAUGAUCGGCGAGAAGGCCGCCGACAUGAUCAAGCAGGACUGGGGCGCCGUCCCGGCCCCGGAGACCACGUCUGCCCAGCCGGUGGCGGCGGCCGGGGCCCGGCAGCCCUAGGCGACCCGCCUCCCGUACUACACCCGCCAGCACGCCGUCUUUGUUACUCUCGGCACUUCAGAAAUACAGCACGAGAUAGCCGCGAAGAGAGACCGAAACUGCAUUAAAGGCCGACACUCAUACUGGUGACUG